AUGGCCUUUGCUGCUGUGACUGUUUGUUUACAGACCCUUGAUCAGAUUUUUAGUCCCAACCCUUUUUUGAAUCUUGAUAAAGAUGAACAUUGUAAAUUUCUUUCCGAAAAACUUGGAAUCUUCCAGAGAUUUCUUGUGGACUCUGCAAAUAAACGCGAUAAUCUUGAAAUGGUAGAAGAUUUGGAGAGACAGAUUCGAGAUGUGUCUUAUGGAGCACAAGAUUAUGUUGAGGAAUUGGCCUCCUUUAGUUGGAAAGACUUGGACCUAGUGGAGUGUUAUGAUAGGGUGUAUAGUACCAAGGGCUGCUUGUCCCAAAUAAUAGAAGAAAUAAAAUUGAUUGAAUUGGAAGUGAUGAAGAUUUAUGAGCAAAUGUCUUGUCAUGCCAAUGUUUAUGAAUCUGAGAGUUACUUGCUUGAAAGCUCACCAGAAAAAGGUCCAGUAGUACAAGACUUUGUGGUUGGCCUAGACGACGAUGUGUUGGAGAUAAAAACCCGGCUAUGCUCUUUCUCGUCUAAGUUGGAGGUUGUCUCUCUUGUGGGUAUGGGAGGCAUUGGCAAAAGCACCCUUGCUAGAAUGGUUUAUGAUGACUCCCUCAUUAAAUAUCACUUCGGGAGUCGUGCUUGGGUCACAGUGAAAGACCGUCAAGCAAAAGGAUUGUUGCUUGGUCUACUGGAUGGUAUUGUUGAGCUUACCAAUGAGAUUCGUGAGAAAAAUAGUGAGCAGUUGGCAGAAAUGUUGUAUAAGAAGUUAAAGUUUAAUCAGUAUAUCAUCGUCUUGGAUGAUGUGUGGUCCACAGAGGAUUGGGGCAAAAUAAAAAGGUGUUUCCCUGAUGACAAGAAUGGAAGCCGGAUCUUGCUAACUACCCGACUUAUGAAAGUGGCAUUACAUACUAAAUCUGGUAGCUCUCCGUACUGCUUAAAGUUCUUGGAUUUAGAGAGAAGCUGGGAACUUUUAUGUCAUAAGGUGUUCGGAAGAAAAUCUGUUCAUCCAGAGUUAGAGGAUAUUGGAAAGAAGAUUGCAGAACAAUGCAAAGGGCUACCUCUAGCAGUUCUUGUGGUGGGUGGCCUGCUAUCUAAGAUGCAAAGGACUAGGAGCUGUUGGGGGACUUUUGCAAAAACGUUUCGUUCAAUUGGUACCGAUGAGCACGAGAAAUGCUUAGAUAUACUUGCUUUGAGUUACAGAAACUUGCCACAUCACUUGAAAGCUUGUUUCAUUUAUAUGUGUGCAUUUCCUGCAGAGUUUGCGAUUCAUGUCCAGCUAUUGGUAACACUAUGGAUCGCUGAGGGAUUUCUAACUACAGGAAAGCAUAAGACCUUGGAAAACUAUGCAGAAGAAUGUUUGGAAGAUCUUGUGAAUCGAAAUCUCGUUAUUGUCAAAAAGAGGAAAUCUAAUGGCCGAGUCAAAAUUUGUGCUAUUCAUGAUCUUCUGCGCGACUUAGGCUUGAGAGAAGCCCAAAGGGAGAACUUUUUUUAUCUCCCUGAACUCUUUGCCACAACUAAUACUUUGCACUGUGUCCGUCGUCUCAGUUACCAUGGUGUUUUCUCUUUUGAAGUUCCCUGGAAGCCACUGCUUCCCCUCUCCCGAACUCUAUUCCUUUUCGGUAAACUGAGAUUACUACAUGAGUCACAAUUGCAUGGUCCUUUACUAUAUAAGUUGUUGAGAGUAUUGCACAUAGUAGAUGUUUCUUUUGAUUAUUUUCCGGCUCAAGUUCUGCAACUGGUUCAUUUGAGGUAUCUUGCGCUAGUGGUCCGUGAGCCCGAAUGCCCUGAAUUAAUUUCAAGGCUUUGGAACUUACAGACCUUCAUUUUGGAUACACAUGAAAGCUUGAAUCUGCCUAGGACAGUAUGGGAAAUGGAACAAUUAAGGCAUGUCUAUUUGGGUAAAGGAUGUUUUUUUACCUAA